CAGCAUCCAGAAUAGCAGCUGCAUUUUAGCUCUUUCUGUUUCUCUCUGGAUCUGAUUCUCUCUCUCUCAUUCUGCUUUCCCCCCACCCUCACAACCCCCUCUCUCCCUCCCUUUCUGUCGCUCUCUCUCCCUCCCUCCCUCUCUCUCUCUCUUCUAGCUAUUUUAUCCCUCUGGCUGAGGCAGUGGUGUACACCUACCCCUCGUCCUGCUGCCGACCAGAGGGGAGUGGAGUCGGCAGAGGCAGGUAGCAGCCCCGGCUUGGUGGACGCAUCCGUCGCAUUCCUCCACCACCAUGCCGGACCCGGGGCAAGAAGCAAGGAGUGGAUGCUGUCGGCUCAUUCAAUCUAUUAGACAGGGGCAGCUCCAUUUAACUCCGCAUGUCAAAGUUUGCAUUUUCAUUACGCAGCAGUGUGGCUGGAUUAUAGGUGUGAGCAGGAUGCCUUGAGCUCGCUAACCUAUGCCACUCACUGGUGAAUCCACAGUAUACUGAGGCUGACUACAUGGAGUAAUAGAUUCUAGUGGAUACACACAAAUCAUGGGAGACCUGGAGUGUGGCUUUGAGGAAAUGCAAGGAGUGAGGCUGGGAUACCUGCUCAUCCAAGGCAAGCAAAUGUUUGCUUUGUCCCAGGUCUUCACCGACCUGCUGAAGAACAUCCCUCGGACCACGGUGCACAAGCGCAUGGACUACCUGAAAGUGAAGAAGCACCAGUGCGACCUGGAAGAGCUACGGAAGCUCAAAGCAAUAAACUCUAUAGCUUUCCACGCUGCCAAAUGCACUCUCAUAUCGCGGGAGGACGUGGAGGCUCUGUAUUUCUCCUGCAAGACGGAGCGGGUGUUGAAGUCCAACAAAAGGAAAGCGAAAGCGGCGUGCUCCCCCGGGGAUGAGGACGAGUCCUCGGGGUUCCUCCGUGCUGACGGCGAGCUGUGGAGGGAAAAAGUUUGGUUUAGUUUGCAGCACGGCGUCCCGGAGACUCUCACACUCCACGGCAAAGUGGGCAGGAAGAGGGAGCUGACUCCUUGCCUUACCGACUCCAAACUACCUCAGUUUUAUCACAAAACGCACGGGCGGGAUUGCCGUUCGGCGACCAAGUCCAGUUACAAACACUUUAAAAACUAUGAAACAGCGAAAAUAACAGGGAACCGCGUCACUUUGAGCCAAAGGCACUCGUUUUUCCGGAGCGCGGUGAGCCGGCAGCCGGUGGUGCUUCAGUCCGCCAUAGCUGCUCAGUCCAGGCUCUCUCGCUCAGCCGGCGACCUACUUCACAAAAGGAAGAGGAGGCGCGAGGGGGGCGGCGGGAGGGACAGCGCGAGGCACUCGUGGAGCAGAAGCAGGCACGCGCACCACCACGCACCGCCGGUGCUGCUUGUGCAACCCAAAUCGUCUGGAAGUCACGGGACUUCUUUCGGUGCUUUUCACCUCGGUCCAGAUUUUUAUCUCGACCCCCGACCCCACCACCAUCACCACCACCAACAUCAUCAUCAUCACCACCACCACCACCACGAGCCAACUUUCCCGGAGAGUUACAGCAGCGACACCGAGUCCAGCACCUACUCGGAACGGGCUUACCCCGACUGGGACUUCGGCUCUGGCUUUUCCACCAGCAGCAACUCCGCCAGUUCGGAAGAAGAAGAGGACGGCGAGGAAGAAGAUGACACUCAGUCGGAGAGUUCAGAGGUCAGCUCAGAGGAGGAGGAGGAGGAGGAAGAGAGCUCCUCUCAGUCCGACUCCAGCUCAGUUUCGAGCCGUGUUUCGGUUCAGAGCAUCCGAUUCAGACGGGCGCGGGUCGGAUCGCUUGCCAAAAGUCUCAACACCAGCAAAGCACCUUUGGUCCUGCAGCCUACGUUUCACUAUAACAACCCAGUGCAGCACGAAAAAGAGCACAAGACCCUCGGACAUGUUGCUGCUUCGCAAUCACGGGACAGGAGACAGGACAAACUUCAGAAAUGUGAAUUCACAUGCAGAGAGACAGAGCAGGACUCGGGACCCUCGCAGCCCCAAAACUUUAACUCAGCUUCUGUGGGGGAGAGCUUUUUCAGCGAGUCUAAAAGGGAAAAUCCCGACCAGGCCGACACUGUGGAUGAGCUCAUCACAUAUUCACCGGGACCCAACCGGAAUAAGGCCUCUCACCCUUCACGCAGGACACAGGGGCAUCCCAUGAAAUGCCCCCCGGGACUGAGGGCUCAGUAUGACCACAAGAAAGAGGCCAAGCAGACCCAGAAAUGUGUGGACAAGAGGGAUGCGAAAGCGAUCGCCAGCCCAAGUCAACCCACUCCACUGAAAAAAAUAAAGACCGAGUCGGAGGAGCCCUCUGUGACCGCCACCUCCUCUUCGGACAGGACAGUCAGGACGCCGCCGUUCAGUCUCCACAAUGUGAAAGUUAAAGUGGAGGAUAGCUGUGAUGAGUAUGAAUACCAGAGCCAGGCCACUGUAGCUAAAUGCAAAGGAGAUAAAACAGAGAGCAACAAUGGCCACUAUCCCAGCGGAGCCAUAAAACAAGGAGAUUUUUCCAACAGUGGGAUUAAAGCCACAGAGAAGAGCCUCGAUGUGGCCCUCAGGUCCCCCUGUGGUCCUCAGGAAUGCAGGAGUAGUCAAGACGCCCCGUGUAUCGAGGAGGGGGAGCACAGGCACAAAAACUGCAGGGCUCCGGUGCAGGGGAGUAAGAAACCCAGAGUUUCCAGGACGCAAACAAAACAAAACCUAUCCAGGGUCCACAAGGCGGCCUCGUCUUCGUCGUCGUCGUCCUCCUCUUCUUCUUCUUCUUCUUGUUCUCAUCCCGUGGGGCGCGAGGAGGCAUCCACGGAGGAUUUACCGAGCAGACGCAAACGCAGCAACGUGAACACUGUAGCAUCGCCUGCAAAAAUGCCUUUCAGCCUAAUGGCAAAUUUCCCAUCCCCGCCGUCGCUGAUUGUUGGCAGCGACGGGGAUUUGUGCCCCGCUUACUCCCUGAACUCGCUGAGGGGCCCCGGGCCUCCCCCUCCGUCCCACCCCGUGUGGAGGUGGCAGCCAGGCGGCCAGAUUCUCCCUCCCCCACACGUUCACAGAACUAGGAAAUAGACGGCGGAGCUGUUUUUUAAAGCAAAAAAAAAAAAGCCCUGAAAAAGCCCUCACCAUUUCCAACCCAAACGUAGCCCGAGUCUUAACCUGUGCGCACCGAAAUGCUCGCAACUUUAUCGGUGUUGUUUCUUUUCUGUCCCCCUUUUUCUCUCCUGAGAAUGGAUUUACAUUCCGCUUUGUUUUCAAGCUCGAUCGAGGAAAACCCACAAGAUUCCCCCCUUUUCGGAGCCUCUGAAAACGCCCACAGGACUGUGAGACACCGCUCGUGGAUAUAAGAUUUUUUUAAAAAAACUUGUGUUAAAAUAAGCUAUCCUAAGCAAUAUCUAUUCUCAAUGGUGUGUUCACGCGACUGUAUGUGUGUGUGUGUGUGUGUG